AGGGACACGCGACAUUUUCAUGAAAGUCCUCCAGUGUUAGAUAGCAGUCCUCGUAUUCGCUAUUUGGUAAAGAACGGGUUUGACAACCACUCAUGUGCUUGGGUGUUGUAUUUAAAUCGUAUCGUCUUUUUAGUUAAAUAUAAUCAUUUUAAAACAUGUUCGUGUUUUGCAUUUUUCAUUUAGAAAGCUGACUUUACAUUAUUUUCUUAGGCAUUGCUGCAGACAACCUUGGGGUCCUUCAACAAAACCUGUUUUCCCUGACGCGAUCUUUUUUUUAUUAUAAACUCUGUUUCUAAAAGAAGAAACAGACUUCAUCCACUGACAGUUCUUUUCUUCAUUCGGGAUUAAGAUGCUGUUGGCUUUACAAUUCUCCUAGAGUAGAUAGUGAGGCAGUCAGUGACGGAAUGAUAAGAAACAAGCAAUAAUGACUUGAUUGCGCUGAGCGGUUAAACGUACAGUUAUAUCUGACACAAACAGACGAAAGGAAGUUAUAGUGGGGAAUCUUCUUGAGGAUAAUCGAUUUCCGGGUUCGUGACAUCGGUUGUAGUUCAUUGUGGAGCGGGAAGUCGGUGGAAAGGACGCGGGGAGCGCAGCAGUGUCGGUUUCCAUAGCUGGGCUACUGGACGACAGCAUGGCCGCGGGGAAGGGAUCGAGGAAGCUCGGUUCCAUGUGGGACAAUAUGCAGAUAAGAUUCAUUGUUUGCUUCCUCGGAGUCUUCGUGUGCUAUUUUUACUACGGAAUACUACAAGAAACUAUUACCCGUGGUGAAUAUGGCCAGGGAGACACCAAGGAAAAGUUUAGAUAUGCAAGAACACUGGUGUUUAUCCAGUGUAUUAUCAAUGCUGUUUUUGCUAAGAUCUUGAUCCAGUUUUUUGAGGGCCCUAAACCAGAUCAAUCUGCAAGUUGGCUUUAUGGACUCUGCUCCCUCUCAUACGUUGGAGCUAUGGUGUCCAGUAACUCCGCCCUUCAGUAUGUUAACUAUCCCACACAGGUAUUGGGCAAAUCCUGUAAGCCUAUUCCAGUAAUGCUUCUUGGAGUUACGAUACUAAGAAAGAGGUAUCCACCAGCCAAGUAUCUGUGUGUUCUGUUGAUUGUGAGUGGUGUAGCUUUGUUCCUCUACAAACCCAACAGUUCAAAAGUUGCAGACAACCAUUCAUUUGGUUUCGGGGAGAUUUUGCUGCUGGUAUCCUUGACAUUAGAUGGUUUGACUGGUGUAGCCCAGGACCAAAUAAGGGGUCGCUAUCAAGCAAGUGCCAAUCACAUGAUGCUGAACAUCAACCUGUGGUCCAGCCUGGUGCUGGGGCUCGCUGUGUUGUGGACAGGGGAGAUAUGGGAAUUCCUGAGUUUUGCUGAACGCUACCCCAACAUUUUCUACAAUAUUCUACUGUUUGGGCUGACCAGUGCUGCAGGACAGACAUUCAUUUUUAUGACUGUGGUGCACUUUGGGCCGCUGACCUGCUCCAUCGUCACCACCACGAGGAAGUUCUUCACCAUACUGGGCUCUGUGCUUCUAUUUGGUAACGUCAUGUCUACCAUGCAGUGGCUUGGAACUGUCCUAGUUUUCCUAGGACUCGGAUUGGACGCAAAAUUUGGCAAAGGCCCCAAGAAAACGACUCAUUGAAACGUCUGAAGCCAAAACAUUUCAGUGCCGAUGCAAACACUCAGAAGCCAGUAUCUCAUUUUAAGAAGACAUUGUGUGCCGUCAGGGGUCGUCAUUUUUUUUGUAAAGUCAGGUUCAGAGAAAUGUUAUGUAACAGGCUAGACACAUGGAGUUGUAGCGUGCCGCUGCACACAAAAAUACAGAAAAAAAUUACAGAAGGUAGUAACGUCUUUUAUUAUUAUGUCAAAGGAGCAUUUUCUGGGACAUAUGCAGAAACAUUGUGCCAAAAAACACAUAUACACAUUACAAAUAUACAUUUUCAGUAAGUGACAAUGUGAUGGAAUAGCUGGAUUAUUUUGGGUUCUGUAGAAUUAACACUCUUUUUAAGAAUCACUUAAUAGUCCAGGAAGACUGUUUAGCUUGUUUGCUAACAGUUAAGUGGCACUGCAUUCUCCCCAUCAUCAAAAAUUCAGCUGCACUUAAAGCGCCCCAUGCCGGAGCAUGUGGACACCACUCGGUUAACAGGUUAAAAACACACAUUAAAACUAGACCCCUUCACCCACCCACAUUUGUUUGUAUAUGUUCAAAAAAGUGACAACCCUUGUCCAAAUAGUUCUGAUUAUGCAGAUGAUGAUUUGUUGAAGAGUCAGAUUUUAAACUUCAAUGUAAUUCACAAAUACUUUAUUGUAGCUUUGAACCCUGACUUGGGUUGUUUUCUGUUGAUAUACAAUAGAGUAAUUUUUAGGGAACAAGUUUGAAUGAGAUAUGAUGUGAUAAUUGCGCUGCAUUUUCUGAUCCCAGGUCAUGAAAGGUUAAUGAAGGAAUUAGGACCGACUGAAAACUGCAUCUGGAAAAUGCUUUAUUUGGACAACUUCACAUUGUCUCUGAAAGCAGUGAUAUCCCCUGUCUAGGCUUAAUCUAUUUUAACAUUUAUGAAUCCAUAAACAUCCCAUAAAAUGAGGCUGAGUUUACAAAAUUUUGCUUUGAUGUCUUGGCAACCAGACAGCUGAGGGUCCUGCCAUUUAUAAAAUAUGAAUGAUUUUCUGUAGCCUGUUGUAUCCCCUCUUACUAUUACAAUGGUUUUUAUUUUCUAAGUUGAAAAUAACUUUCCAUUAAUGGGAAGAUUUGAUAUUUCAUGUUUUUUUAUUUUACAUCAUUUAAUUGAUUAUUUCAAAUAAAUUACUAUUUAUUUGUAUUUCACAAAAAUAGCAAAUAUCACAUGUCUGCUUGCAUUUAUGUGCGAUGUUUGAAUUGUUUUUGAAAGACAUUUUUAGAUGUCUUUCAAAAGAUGUUCAUUGUAAUCUUUUCACAUGGACAUUUUUGUGACAAACAGGGUCACUUUUUUUCUUUUCCUCAAAAUAACUUUUUUUCAAAAUAACAUUUUCUCUCAGUCAUUUCCAGGUCAUUUAGAUUAUGUUAUGUCAACUUUAUGAAUUUUAUAGCUUCUCUUUAGCAAGUUUUUAUCUGGCCAGGGUGAACUUAAAGAUAACCUCUUGGAUAGUAUAGUAUAUGAUUAUUAGUACUAGUAUAUGAUUAUUAUUUCAUAAGAUUCUACAUUGUUGUCUUGUACCUUUAUCUGGGUUCACUAUAAAUGUUUUUUUCUUUUUGGCAAAA